AUGAAGGAUAGGGCGUCAGAUCCCCUGAAACUUAAUCACUUUCUUCACCAACUAGAAUUCGACAUCAAACUGCGUCUUUCGAGCUACUUACGAAGCCUCAAUGCUCCUCAACCAAAAAACAUACAAAUGUCAAACAUUCAACACGCGUUUACGUUGAGGGCGGAAGCGUUCACCCCAAGCCGAGGUGUGUGA